UCACUGUGGCUCGCACUGCCGAUGUCACGGGGUGGGCUCUGUAAUCUCAUGCUCUGAUUGGCUUCCCUUAGCUGUCAGUUUACCCACUGGUAGCCCCAGGAAUUUGUGUUCUACGGUGUAGGCUCAGUGAUGCUCAGCGAUGCCCGGGAAGCUGAAAGUAAAGAUCGUGGCCGGCCGCCACCUGCCUGUCAUGGACCGGGCCAGCGAUCUAACUGAUGCUUUUGUGGAGGUAAAAUUUGCAAACACGACUUUUAAAACUGAUGUUUACCCCAAAUCUCUCAAUCCUCAGUGGAAUUCAGAAUGGUUUAAAUUUGAGGUAGAUGAUGAAGAUCUACAGGAUGAACCUCUGCAGAUAACCGUGCUUGACCAUGAUACCUACAGCGCCAAUGACGCCAUUGGCAAAGUGUAUAUCGACAUUGACCCUUUGCUGUAUACCGAAGCGGCUUCUGUAAUUUCAGGAUGGUUUCCAAUAUAUGAUACUAUUCAUGGUAUACGUGGCGAGAUCAAUGUCAUCGUGAAGGUCGAUCUCUUUAAUGACUCAAAUCGCUUCCGGCAAUCUUCUUGUGGCGUUAAGUUUUUCUGCACUACAUCUAUUCCAAAAUCUUACCGCGCUGUGAUAAUUCAUGGAUUUGUGGAAGAAUUGGUUGUAAAUGAGGAUCCUGAAUACCAGUGGAUUGAUCGGAUCCGCACUCCCCGUGCAUCAAACGAAGCCCGACAGAGACUGAUCUCAUUAAUGUCAGGGGAAUUGCAAAGGAAGAUCGGCUUGAAGGUCCUAGAGAUGCGCGGCAAUGCUGUUGUUGGGUAUCUGCAGUGCUUUGACCUGGAAGGAGAGUCUGGCUUGGUCGUGCGAGCGAUUGGCACAGCAUGCACUUUGGAUAAAAUAAGUAACCCAGCCCCGUUUGUUCCCAUGAGCAACUCUCCUUGCAAAGAAAUGAAGGAGGCUCCCUUCAGUGAAGACCUUAACCCCAAUACUCAUUCAUCAGGACCCUCCACCCCUCUGAAAAACCAAACAUAUUCCUUUUCACCUUCCAAGUCCUACAGCCGGCAAUCCUCUUCUUCUGACACAGAUUUGAGUUUGACUCCUAAAACUGCCCUUUUCUCCAUGGGGUCUAGGUUUUUCAUUAGCCCCAGCUCUGUUUCUCUAGUUUGUGAGUCUCCGAGACUCAAGCAGUCCAGCAGCCUUCUGCCUGUGUGUAACAUCUCGCACUCUAGUCUUGUAAGCCCCUUUCUGAGGAAAUCCGUUUCUUUCAGUGACGAACUGCUUCUGGCUGGGAUGGGAAGUGGGAGCGCGGGGAGAGAGGGAGGGGCAUUUAAAGCCCUCGUCAGACAGCAGACGCAGACUACGCUGGAGCAGAGGGAGUUUCCCUUUUUCACUCUGACAUCUUUUCCGCCGGGGUUCCUGGUUCACAUCGGAGGUGUUGUCAGCGCUCGAUCUGUGAAGCUUUUGGAUCGUAUUCAUAAUCCUGAUGAGCCAGAAACAAGAGACGCUUGGUGGUCAGAGAUACGACAAGAGAUAAAAUCCCACGCCAGGGCACUGGGGUGUCACGCUGUAGUAGGCUACAAUGAGUCGACUAGUAUUUGUGAAGAAGUCUGUAUACUGUCAGCAUCGGGUACAGCUGCUGUUCUGAACCCUAGAUUCCUGCAGGAGUCCGUCCCUGAAAGCGGUCUGGAGCAAAGGUUAUCUUGGCAGCCAGGAUUCUUAAUAGGGUCAGAGAAGGGAGAGGUUGAUUUUUUCCUUCAGAACCAGGAUAGUUCUCCUCCGCUAGGGACUGAAGAAGCUCCCCCCCUGGUUUGCACAUUUUGCCACAUCCCUUACGACGAGCUGAACAUGCCCUUUCCAGCACACCUAACUUUCUGCUGCAGCUGUCGAAAACAGAAGGUCCCAGAUGUACUCUUCACCACAAUAGACCUCCCGGCGGAAGCCGCAGUGACAGGGAAAGGCUGUCUUAUUCAAGCACGGUUAUGUAGACUGAAAAAGAAAGCCCAAGCCGAAGUAAAUGCAACCGCUAUAAGCAACCUGCUGCCUUUUAUGGAAUACGAGCUGCACACCCAGCUAAUGAACAAGCUAAAGCUAAAAGCCAUGAAUGCCUUGUUUGGACUUCGGAUUCAGAUCACAGUGGGUGAAAAUAUGUUGCUGGGACUGGCCUCAGCCACAGGUGUCUAUCUGUCAGCAUUACCAAGUCCUGGCGGGAUUCAGAUUGCAGGGAAAACCCCCAGUGAUGGAUCAUAUGACUCACACAUUGCUCAUAUGCAGAAAAAGAUCAAUGACACUAUUGCUAAAAAUAAGGAACUGUAUGAAAUACAUCCGCCAGAAAUAUUGGACGAAAUCAUAGGAUCUCCUGUACCAGAACAGAGGCAAAGGACAAGACUUUUUAGAUCACAAUCAGAAAGUUCUGACGAAGUUACAGAACUGGACCUGUCCCAUGGCAAAAAAGAUGCCUUUGUCUUAGAGAUUGAUGACACCGAUACCCUGGAGGACGUACAUUUACUGCUCACAGAUGUGCCGCCACCUCCAGGUUUUUACAGCUGCAAUACAGAAAUUAUGCCUGGUAUAAAUAACUUGACACCACAUAUACAGAUGUUCACAUCAGUUAGAGUAAUUCGACUUAACAACAUAAAUCUGACAAAUCCAACUCUUAAUAAGAGUUUUAAUGAUCUCUGUGAGAAUCUAUUGAAGAGUCUUUAUUUCAAGUUGCGAUCUAUGAUCCCCUGCUGCCUCUGCCAUGUUAAUUUUACUGUUGCUGUGCCCGAAGAUGAGUCUAUACAGGUUGCUGUCACUGCAGUUGCUAUCACAUUUGACAAACAAGCAGUGCAAGAAAGUAAAAACAAGGUGGAAAAGGCACAGACCAGAGCAUCCACUGACAACGAUGAGCAACUCCAGUUCUCAAUGGAAUUAACAUCGGAUUCCCCAUCUUCCCAUCCGUUCUCACCCUCCAAAGAUAUUCAGGAGCGACCAGGCUCACAAGUAUUCGCUGUUGGCGCUCAGAGAGCGCCUUCAGUUGAUUCAUUUGCAGACAGAUGCAACAGCUGGAUAGAGCACAUUAAAAUGAGAGCUCAGACCAUGAGACGUGGAUCAAUUAAAACAACCACCUCGCUUGACAAGGCUAGUCCACUGGCUGAAGGACACAUGCGUCACCGUUCUGUUACGUCUUCUUGUUCCAGUCCCGCAGUCACUGUUGUCAAGAUGACACCUCUGUCAUUUAUCCCGGGGGCAAAAAUAACCAAAUUCCUUGGGAUUAUCAACAUGUUUUUUAUACGUGAAACCACAUCUUUGCGUGAGGAAGGCGGAGUGAGUGGUUUUCUCCAUGCGUUUGUUUGUGAAGUGUUUGCUAUGGUUCGCGCACAUGUCGCAGCUUUAGGAGGGAACGCAGUGGUGUCCUACAUUAUGAAGCAAUGUGUGUUUAUGGAAAACGCAAACAAGAAUCAGGCACAGUGUCUGAUUAAUGUCAGCGGAGACGCAGUGAUCUUUAUCCGUGAAUCUGAACUGGAAGGAUCUGCAAACUCUACACCAGCAGUGACUCAGCCGACAUAUGCUGCCGAGGUCACUUCAUGAAAGGACGCUGCCUUAUGGAACUUGUGACUCCAUGAGAGAUUCUGCACAUCACUUUAUUGAACAGUUCUCCACAUUUCACUGUCAUUCCGUAAUACAUAAAUCUCAAGAAAGAAGAAAAGUAUGCCAAGCUUCAACAUCAAAUGCCGUCUCAAUCAACAACUUGCAUGAAAGACACACAGAGAGAACCCCGAGUUUUACAUGCAUGUGCUUUUAGGUGAUAAAAUAUGCCAUAAGUUUAACAGAAAAAGUCCCCUUUUUUCUUAAAUUAUAUGUAAUGCCAGCAUUCUGACCUAGGGGAUGUCACCCAUUUCUCAUUCAGUAUGUUGUGUACCAUAGUUAAUUACACUGGUACGUGCUGGUUAAAGAGAGAUACAGCAGAACUCAUACACAUCUAGAUAUUCUAAAUAUAUAUAUAUAUAUUACAAAAUGUCAGCUAGCAAAUCCUGUACAAAUCUGUGGUAUGUCCCUGCUCUCUUGAAACAAAGUAUUUGAUAAAUUUUAUAUUAAGCUUAAGAACCAUCCACAUGUUUUAGGAGACAAUUUUAUAUAAAUUACUCCUUUGAUCCUAAGGCUUGUCAAGGCAUAUAUAUAUUAUAUAUAUAUUAUAUAUAUAUAUAUAUAUAUAUAUAUAUAUAUAUAUAUAUAUACAUACACACACACCUUGAAAUUUCCAGUGGUCCACUAGUCCCAGGCGACUUAGAAAUUGCAGCAUACGACUUAGAAAUUUAAAUGUUUCCUAUCUUUAACAUUGAAUAGACUAAUAACUUUUAUCCUCUGGGCUAAAUGCUUUUAACCCCUGACUAGUAAACUAGUGAUAUUUUUCCACCCCUGUGUGUGUGUGUAUAUAUAUAUAUAUAUAUAUAUAUGUAUAUAUAUAUGUAUGUGUGUGCGUGUAUGUGUAUAUAUAUAUAUAUAUAUAUGUGUGUGUGUGUGUGUGUAUAUAUAUAUGUGUGUGUAUAUGUAUAUAUAUAUAUAUAUCAUUUUCUAUUAACACACAUGGCCUGCUGCUGUAUGUAAUCUCAAAUAGGCAAACCUAUUUUCUGUUAAAGCUGAGAUUUAUUUGCAUUUAAUACCAUAACUGGAAUUACGUAGUUGUAAGCCAUAUUUAAUUUAGCCUGUUAAAUUUGAAUGAACCAUUGGUUCCCAGAACAGAUACAUCUAAGCCUGAGGACAGAUGACUUAAUUUAAACCACGUGUGCUAAAGUUUGGAUAAUCCCUUAUGCCGGGUUUAAGAGCAUCUGAUGUAUUACGUUCUCUUCAGUAAAAAAGAGUUAAUGUAGGAUCUAAGGACAGUUGGCUUCAGCAGUAACUCACGGUUGUAUAUUUACCUAUAUAAAUAAAAAUCCUAUAUUUUUA